CGAGAUUUUCCGAGAGGAUAAGUUGAGGAAACAUGGCGGCGCCGUCUAAUUUGCUGAAGAACAAAGGCUCCCUCCAGUUUGAGGAUAAAUGGGACCUGAUGCGCCCCAUCGUCCUGAAGCUGCUGCGCCAGGAGUCCGUCACCAAGCAGCAGUGGUUCGACCUCUUCUCGUGAGUCUUCUUGUAACUCUCACCGCCUGUGUUGCUUCCUGUGGGCGCCACCUUGUGUCUCCCGGUUGUCUCUGCAGGGACGUCCAUGCGGUCUGCCUGUGGGACGACAAAGGACCCGCUAAGAUCCACCAGGCGCUGAAGGAGGACAUCCUAGACUUCAUCAAACAGGCUCAGGCACGGGUGCUGAGUCACCAGGACGACACGGCGCUCCUCAAGGCCUACAUCGCGGAGUGGAGGAAGUUCUUCACUCAGUGCGACAUCCUGCCCAAGCCCUUCUGCCAGCUGGAGAUCACUCUGAUGGGCAAGCAGGGCAGCAACAAGAAGUCCAGCGUGGAGGACAGCAUCGUCCGCAAGCUCAUGCUGGACACGUGGAACGAGUCCAUCUUCUCCAACAUCAAGAGUCGUCUGCAGGACAGCGCCAUGAAGCUGGUCCACGCCGAGCGGCUGGGCGAGGCCUUCGACUCGCAGCUCGUCAUCGGAGUACGGGAGUCCUACGUGAACUUGUGCUCCAACCCUGAGGACAAGCUGCAGAUCUACAGGGAUAACUUUGAGAAAGCGUACAUGGACUCCACUGAGAGGUUCUACAGAACCCAGGCGCCGUCCUACCUGCAGCAGAACGGAGUCCAGAACUACAUGAAAUACGCGGACUCGAAGCUGAGGGAAGAGGAGAAGCGAGCGCUCCGAUAUCUGGAGACGAGACGCGACUGCAACUCCGUCCAAGCUCUGAUGGAGUGCUGCGUAAACGCUUUGGUGACGUCCUUCAAGGAGACCAUCUUAGCCGAGUGUCCAGGCAUGAUCAAACGAAACGAGACCGACAAGCUCCACCUCAUGUUCUCCCUGAUGGACAAAGUUCCCAGCGGCAUCGAUCCGAUGCUGAAGGACCUGGAGGAGCACAUCAUGAGCGCCGGCCUGGCCGACAUGGUGGCGACAGCCGAGACCAUCACCUCGGAUUCAGAGAAAUAUGUGGAGCAGCUGCUGACUCUGUUUAACCGCUUCAGUCGGCUGGUGAAGGAAGCCUUCCAGGACGACCCGCGCUUCCUCACCGCCAGAGACAAAGCGUACAAAGCCGUGGUGAACGACGCCACCAUCUUUAAGCUGGAGCUUCCCAUGAAGCAGAAAGGGGUGGGGCUGAAAACUCAGCCGGAGUCCAAGUGUCCGGAGCUGCUGGCCAACUACUGCGACAUGCUGCUGAGGAAGACGCCGCUGAGCAAGAAGCUGACCUCAGAGGAGAUCGAGGCCAAGCUCAAGGAAGUGCUUCUGGUUCUGAAGUACGUCCAGAACAAAGACGUGUUUAUGCGGUACCACAAAGCCCACCUGACCCGCCGCCUCAUCCUGGACAUCUCGGCCGACAGCGAGAUCGAGGAGAACAUGGUGGAGUGGCUCCGGGAAGUGGGGAUGCCGGCGGACUACGUCAACAAGCUGGCCCGGAUGUUCCAGGACAUCAAGGUGUCCGAGGAUCUCAACCAGUCCUUCAAGGAGAUGCACAAGCACAACAAGCUGGCGCUGCCAGCGGACUCGGUGAACAUAAAGAUCCUGAACGCGGGCGCGUGGUCGCGCAGCAGCGAGAAGGUGUUUGUGUCUCUGCCCACGGAGCUGGAGGACCUGAUCCCAGAGGUGGAGGACUUCUACAAGAAGAACCACAGCGGCAGGAAGCUGCACUGGCACCACCUCAUGUCCAACGGCAUCAUCACCUUCAAGAACGAAGUGGGCCAGUACGACCUGGAGGUCACGACCUUUCAGCUGGCCGUGCUGUUCGCCUGGAACCAGCGGCCCAGAGAACGCAUCAGCUUCGAGAACCUGAAGCUGGCCACGGAGCUGCCCGACGCCGAGCUGCGACGGACGCUCUGGUCGCUGGUGGCGUUCCCCAAGCUGAAGCGCCAGGUUCUGCUGUACGACCCGGUGGUGUCCUCGCCCAAAGACUUCGCAGAGGGAACGCUGUUCUCCGUCAACCAGGAGUUUUCUCUCAUAAAAAACUCAAAGGUCCAGAAGAGAGGAAAGAUCAACCUGAUUGGUCGGCUGCAGCUCACCACCGAGCGAAUGAGAGAGGAGGAGAACGAAGGCAUCGUCCAGCUCCGGAUCCUCAGGACUCAGGAGGCCAUCAUCCAGAUCAUGAAGAUGCGGAAGCGCAUCAACAACGCCCAGCUGCAGACGGAGCUGGUGGAGAUCCUCAAGAACAUGUUUUUACCACAGAAGAAGAUGAUCAAGGAGCAGAUAGAGUGGCUUAUAGACCACAAGUACAUAAAGAGGGACGAGACGGACAUAAACACCUUCAUCUACAUGGCGUAGCGCCGUCGGGUCUAAGCUUCCACUGGGCCGGGCCUGACGGAUUCCAGAACAUUUCCAGGACUCCCAGACUGCUGAACAGAACUUUGUUUGUUUA